GGCCGAGACUGAGCCCGUGAGGCGGGCGGUCACGGGCAGAGUCGCCGCCGCCGCCUUACAAGCGGCUGACAAUGAAAGUGAAAGGCAGGAGCCGAGGAAGGGGAGGCGGAGGAGGCGGCUGCCGCCGGGGUUGCGCCUGCCGCCGCCGCCGGGCUGAGUGAUCCCGACCUCCCGGUGCGCUCUCUCGAGGGAUUCCCGAAGAAAGCUCCCGCCUUUGCUUCUGCCUCCUCAUACAUUGGCCGUGUUUUCCUCGGGGGUGCCCACGAAGAGGGUGCGUGUGAACGCUGGCUCGCCUCCUUUCCCUUGUCUGCAGCUGCUUUUCGAGCGGGGCCGCGUGGAUCCUGGAAGGCGAGGGGAGAGGCUGCCGCUGGUGCCGCGACGGGCGUUGUGAUUCAGGUUGUUUCUCCGCACUCGCCGCUCCCCUUGGCUUUAAGAGGGAAAAGGUAGCUGCUUCUGUUCAGGCUGGCUGCAGGGGAUAAGCCUAGAUAAAGUGGAAGCGGAAGGCCAAACCGCUUUGCCGUUUUCCUCGACGUUUCCUGUUGCUGCUGCUACUGUGUUCCCUGGAAGACAGGGCUAGGAUUGCGGUAGUGUGGAGCAUUUUGGGGUCUCCAUAGCUUGAAGGAGAAAGGUGGAGAUGCCAGCCAAUACUCUUACGACUGGAAGAUAUUUUUGCCUGACAGCUUGAAUCAGUAAUAAAGUGGCAUGAGAACAGCUUUUUUGUUUUUGUAUUUUUUUCUCCUUUGAAAUUGGUUUAUUUUUAUUAUUAGCAUAUAAAAAUGAAUACUGGAUUGAAACAUGCCAUGUAUUAUACCUUUUUCCAGGGAUGGCACUGACCACAUUUUUAUUUUCUGUUUGAAAAAGCCUUUUAUAAUGACAAAAAAAAGGAACUAAUGCUUUGCCAUUGGAAGAAGAAAGAGGCAGUUCAUAGUGGAAGAAAAUUGGAUAUUAUAGUUUAUUUUUCAGUUGCUGCACUUAGAGUUGGUUUUUUGUUCAGAACAAUUCAUACAAAUUCUACUUUUAAAAAUUUAUAUACAUUUUUAACAAAUCUUUGUGACAAGGAUCUUGAAUAGAAACUGCUUGCCUGGAAACUUGACCCAAGCAUCUUUAAAAAGUGGAACAUGAAGUAAAACUGGGCACUUUCUUACACAAAAGGCAGAAUGCUUCAAAAUUUUAAGUUUUAUGAUUAAUUGACAAUUGAUUUAUAUAUUAGCUUUUUUAAUUCCUAUUUUAUUCUGUGAUUAUGCACUUUCAACUUUGAAUGGUUUUUAUUUAAUUGUGAAGAAGGGAAAGACUACUUACAUUUCAGAAAUGACAGCUUUGAAAUCUUCAGUUAGGAAUUUUAAAAUGCCACGAUAAGUUUAUUUUAAUAAAACACCCAAUAGUGUCUUCUCCAAAAGAUCUUAGGCAAGAGUUGCUGGAGGAGUUCCUCCUUAUUCUCCAUUAAUGAGUCCUGGAGGUAGUGGUGGAGGACCCAUGAAAGACUGUGAAUACAGUCAGAUCAGCACUCAUAGCUCCUCUUCUCCCAUGGAGUCUCCCCAUAAGAAGAAGAAAACCACUUCCAAGAGAAAAUGGGAGGUUUUUCCUGGAAGAAACAAUUUUUUUUGCAAUGGAAGGAUCAUGAUGGCUCGGCAGACUGGAGUCUUCUACUUGACACUUGUUCUUAUUUUGGUUACCAGUGGGCUCUUUUUUGCAUUUGAUUGUCCAUAUUUAUCUGAGCAAAUUACGCCUGCAAUUCCUGCAGUUGGAGCAAUUCUGUUCUUCUUUGUUAUGGGGACCUUGCUACGUACUAGCUUCAGUGAUCCUGGAGUCCUUCCUCGUGCAACACCAGAUGAAGCAGCAGAUCUAGAAAGGCAAAUAGGUAACACAGAAGACAUUGCAAAUGGCUCUAGCGCAGGAGGAUACCGUCCACCUCCCAGAACAAAAGAAAUAGUCAUUAAUGGACAGACAGUGAAAUUAAAAUACUGCUUCACCUGCAAGAUUUUCCGCCCACCCCGUGCCUCACAUUGCAGCCUUUGUGAUAACUGUGUAGAACGGUUUGAUCAUCAUUGUCCCUGGGUCGGCAACUGUGUGGGGAAAAGAAACUACAGAUUUUUUUAUAUGUUUAUUUUAUCUCUGUCAUUUCUGACAGUUUUUAUAUUUGCAUUCGUUAUUACCCACAUCAUCCAUCGAACUCAGAAAACAGGAUUUUUAGCUGCACUUAAAGACAGUCCUGCAAGUGUCCUAGAAGCUGUGGUGUGUUUCUUCUCCGUUUGGUCCAUUGUUGGGCUCUCAGGUUUUCAUACUUAUUUGAUCAGCUCCAAUCAAACAACAAAUGAGGAUAUCAAGGGAUCUUGGUCAAAUAAAAGAGGCAAAGAAAACUUCAAUCCUUAUAGCUAUGGCAACAUUUUCACUAAUUGUUGCUCUGCACUUUGUGGGCCCCUCUCUCCUAGUUUAAUUGACCGAAGAGGAUUUAUACAGCCAGAUACUCCACAGCCAGCAGCUCCCUCAAAUGGCAUUACAAUGUAUGGGGCCACACAGUCUCAGAGUAAUAUGUGUGAUCAAGAUCAGUGCAUUCAGAGCACUAAAUUCGUUUUGCAGGCCGCUGCCACCCCACUCCUCCAGAGCGAGCCCAGCAUAAGUAGUGAAGAGCUGCCUUUACCAGGAAAAAACCCUCUUGGUGCUCCCUGUGCCAUGGUGACACUAGGACAACCAACACCACCCUCUUCCAUCCCAAAUCUCACAUCAGAAACAAGUUUGGCAGAAAUGAUACCAUUAAAAGAGGACCCUGAAAAUCAUCAGUUUCUUACUCCUGAAGAAGCUCCAUCACCACCUGGGAUGUUGCCACUUGGGUACUCCAUGACACAAAGCCGUACCAUGCACAGCCUCAGCCUGGUUAGCCAGGAUUCACUGCAUGAAGACUCAGUGCGUGGCCUUGUAAAACUCAGCUCAGUCUAAGCAAUUUAGAACACAACAAUGGUUAAACAGACCUUAUUUAACUCCAACAGCAAUGCAGCCUUUGGACUUUGUGGACAUUUAUACGUCACUGAAAGGACAAAUUAUUUUUGUGCUGUGAAGUAAAAAUUAUCUGUUUUAUAGCCAAUUUAUUGGUGGCUUGGAUUUGUUGGUUACAUUGUUAAAUAACAAAUUUAGUUGAAAUUUGUUUGGUGAUUUAUAACGUCCAACAGUUUGGAAUCCUGGUACUACAAAGUUGAUUAUUAUAGUACUUAAAACUAUGAAUGGAUAUAAGCGUCAUAUUCCAUGUUUUAUGAAGUUCCUUGUUGUAAUAUCUCCUUUGUAGCCAGACAUUACUGUGCUACUCAUAUUUGAAACAGAAGAUUACCAUUUGAUGAAUGCAAAAUCAGUAAAGGUUGCAAUUGUGGAUUUGCAUGCCACGCUACGGUGGGUGUUACAGUAGUGUUGGUAUUUGAAAGACAGUGCUGCUUUACUGUUUGUGAGUACCAAAGUGCUGUUCAUUGUAAAAGACAGUACAACAAACAAUAUAACUUUUUUCAGUCAACAGUUAUAAAUAAAUGAACUGGUGGUGCUUCAGUUAUGGAGGAUUACCUGUUUUUGCAUAUCAUUUAUUUUUUAGUGUGAAACAUACUGUGUUGUGCCAUAACAUAGAUUUCUUUCUACCUAUCCCUACCUGUGAUCACAUGAGAUGGGGAUAUUCAAUAAGAUGGCAUCCUCUGUUUCUUUGGAUAUAUACAGUUAUAUCAAUACAAAGCUGACGUAAAACAGCAAUGUUGUACAACAAAUCACUUUUUUCCUAAGGUUAUACCAUUAAGCAACCCAAAGGAACCCCUAAGACCCAAUUAUGAAUUGUUUUGAGUAUUGUAUACAGUUUUAUAUAUAACCAACUUAAUUUUGUGAUGCUAUAAGCCUAUAAUUGACCUGCUUGUUAAAAAAUACUUGACAUUAGUGGGUUGGAUUGAGAAAUCUUCCAUUUUCAAAAGGAUUUUGAUCUAGCAGAGGCUUCCACAAAAAGAUUGCCUCCUACAUUAUUUAAAAACAUAUCCCACAAAGGGACCAUCUAGAACACCAUGGAGUUGAUGUGAAGGCAUUGGGCAAGAAAGAGAGCUGGUGAAAGGAAAGAAAGAAAGCUUUCUCCCCCUUAAUGAUUUCAGGAGCCACCACUGUAUCCUGAGGGAUUUCUUUAAAUUUCUUUGAGGCUCAUAGCAAAGGUAACAAGAGGAAUCUUUCAGUAGAAGGCUUGAAAAGUAAAGAUACCCAUGUUCUUAAUUUUGUCAGUGGAUGACAAAGGUCGUUAGAAAGUCCCUAAGCUGUUUGUAAUUGAUAACUGCCAUUCAGCCAUGAUUAUUAUCAACUAUGUUUCAAUUUCAUAUUGAUGCUUGAUACAAGGACAUUUCUUAUGGCUUAAAGAAAAGACAUUCCCUCAGGGAUAGCGAACAUAAGAAUUUAAAUGUUGCAAACCAUUGCAUUUUGUCUUGGUUUUAAGAUGCUAGGACCUGCAAUACCCUAUUCUCAGGACAAAGUUUAAUGCAAAGUUUGAUUUGUGUGUGUGUAUACACCGACAUAUAUACAUAGUAAGCAUAACUGCAGGCAAGUACACUUAAAAAUUGGAAUUGUGAAGAAAUGAAUACAUUGCAUCUUGAAGACACUGAAAAAAAUACCUUUAAAAGGAAAAAAGCACAAUGUUUUAAUUGGAAUAAGGCCAUCUUUAUUGCAGAAAUGCCAGGUGACUUAUUGGGAAGAAAAACCCUCACACUGUGUACAAUUUUGUAUUUUUUUUCGCAGCGAUAACAGAUUUUCAUUUUGUUUGCAUGUAAAGAAAAUUACCUAGAGAAAAAUCUUGAUAACCAGAGAUAUUUUUUUCCCAUUUUACAGAAAGCUAUGGAUGGUUUGCAGUUAUUUGACUGAACCAUUAAAAUGUUUACAGCUUUCAUGUAAAGGGAUAUUGUCUCUUUUUCUGCCUGACCUCAUGGGAUUUAUUUAAAAUCCUGCAUGUGUUACUUUAGUGCAUGCACAUUCCAAAGAAAAAAUAACUAGCUGGAGAUACAUUCUCGUCAUGUAAGGUUGAUUACUGCAUUGACAGGAGUUACUAGCAACAAACAGCUGUUAAUUCCAUAUAAAAACAGGGAGUGGCUGAUUUGGGGAAGAUUUAUUGAGUUGACACAAAGGAGGCCAGUUUCCUCAGAACCCCCCUGUAAUGGUUUACUGUUUCCAUACAACAAACGCCUCAAAGUUAACAAUCCCAAAACUGGCUUGGUGAGUUCAUAAUAGGAAGCAUGGGAUGAUAAACCAUGAGAAUUUCUAAGCACAGACUAGGUUAUCGUUAUUUUUAUCAUGAGCACUAUGGGUUGGCUACACUUUUAGUGAGGAGACUCGAUGAAAAAAGUGAAUGACUUUUGCCUCAUUACAUUAAAAUAGGAUUUUAGCCAUUCUUUAAAAUCCAGGAGGCCUGCCUAGGUAAUAACUUGAUGUAAUUUAUUUUUAAGAGACGCAGAUAUUGGUUAGAAUAGUAUAUCUGUUUAACAAGCUUAAUAUUUUACUAAUUCAACUGACAUCAAAAGAUAGAGCAUCCAUUCCCUGCAGUGUAAAAAAUCAACAAUGUUAAAUAUUUUACUCUGCCAUUACUGCUUCACAGCUGCAAAGCUCACACAAAGGAACAGAAGUGUUUAAAAAUUCAUCUGCUCACAUUUCCAUAGAAAUGCUUAUUUUAUUUUUCUAGUGGUUUUUGGAUAUACUUGCCAUUAGGAAAUUGCAUUGUCACAUGUGGUAUAGACCCAUUUGGGUUUGUUUGGUUUCUUUCAGUCUGGCAGGGGUAGAAGGAGGUUGUCCUAUGGUUGUUCUUAAGUGCACCUCUCAUUUAAAAUUUUCAAGUGCUGCACUGCAACAUUGGAAUACCUUCCUUGGCUUAAUAUUUGAGGGAAACAAAAUGCUUAUAUACAGAAAAGUACUGUGAAUACCAAUUUUAGAACAAAUUGAUUUUUUGUUUGCAUUGAUGUUUAGUAUUUUUUUGCUGUUUAUACUAUUUUUGACUUUAUGUUGAAGAAUAAAAAUACAGCCUUUUUAA